GAGCUUGCUGGUUUAAAUCGCAUUUGAUUGUUGGUCCAAUCUGUGUGAACUCCGUUUCUUUUGUGAACUUCCUAGUGUCGCACCGGAAAAAGAUCUCCUACCUUGAGAGGUUCCAAAAGUUAAACCAGCGGGAUUGCUCUCCGAACGCGGUGGUCGCGGUCGAGAAAGCCCGUGUCAGCCGGAGUGCCGUGUCGGUUUGCGAUCUGCUCUGCCGGCCGUGCUGCGAUGCGUCUGUGCGUCCGUUCGUCUAUAUGAGUGCACACGUGAAGCGUCAGUCAGCUAGCUGCGUAUACGGGAUAUGAUAGCGCAGAGGGAGAGCGACAAAGAUAGCAGCAGCAGCAAUCGCAGCAGUUGCUGAGAGUGUGUUUCGAUUUCGACCUGGUGGUGUGUGCUGUGCCGCGUGCUGUCGUCCGCAGAGCCAGAAAGAAAAGAAAAAAAAACAGAAAGAGGGGCCUUCCACUGACAAGUCGGAGCUCUCGAGCUGGCACUUGGCUACGGAACGGCUUUCGGUGUCGGUGUGCGCGCUAGACCUCCUAAGAACACUAAAUCCCUUCUCAGAUCGUCGCGGCUUGGCCAACUAAGUCCAGGCAAAUAAUAAUAAGUUUUUAGGAGAAUUAACUUUUCGGUAUUAAGGAUUUAAGCAAUAAAGUUUGAUGAAGAGGAGUCGUCGACUCGCCGGGGGAAAGCUAGUAAGGGCAACCGUUUGACGACAGACGGUCGGUCGGUUGGUCGGUCAACUCGAACGAAAGACAGAGAGAAACCGAAACUAACGGGCGGUGAUUUUCACGCACUAAAUCCCGGAUUUGCGGGCUACUUGCAGGCAUCCGGAGAUCUUAGCGGAAAGGCGGAAGCUAGACCUUGAGCAAGUAAAUAAAAAAAGAAAUGAAAAACAUCCAAACAACACCAAAGUGAGAAUCGGAAGAAAACUGUGUAUGUUAUGAGUUUUUGUGCUUCUUUUUUGUUUGACUGUGUCAUUCUCGGUGAGAUCGUGACCGGUGGAACCGGGGCUUAAGUGAUUUAGAAUUUUCAAAACAUACGACUAACUUUUCCUGCAAGCUCCGUCGUCCCGCGGCGAUUGUGAUUGAGCUAGUUUAGUGGAUUGAAGUAUUAACUUGGCAGGAAAAAAAGUGUACCGUGAGUGGCUGUGUGAACCGGCGUGUUAUUGUGCAAUCCCCGAUCAUUGGCGAAACCGGAAACUGUUUGUUGUGAUCUGUUGUGGCCAAUGCGCUUAUAACUAAGUGGGGAGGUUCCAAGUGCAGAUACUAUAUUCGAUUCAAGGGUCAACUUGAGUCGAAGUGUCCGGCGGCUGAGGUUGAUUUUUCCUUUUGGGACAAACAAGUUAGGUCCCCAGCCAAACAAACAGCAGCCAGCAGUGAUAGGGGAAACCCUUGUACGUUAGAGAAGAAAAAAACCCAACGAAAUUCGCUGGUGAAGCAGCGAAUAUUUUUUGAGACUCCAGUAACAGAAAACAGUCAAAACGAUUUAUCUCCGGCCGUACAAGGACAUCUUCCCGGGCGGUGGCCAUAACCAGUUAAGCUCGUUAUAUCCACAGUCCGUGAUGGAACGUGGCGGUGGAGGAACGGGCGGCUCUGGCCUAGAUUCCAUGGGCGACGGCAGUGGGCUGUGCCUACAGGAUCUGGUCAGCAAUGGUGGUGGCGGUGGUGGUGGUGGUGGUGGAGGAGGUGGUGGCGGUGGAGGUGGUGGUUCAGUGACCAACGGAACCACGGAUCAUCACAUGCACCACAAUCACAACAGCCAUAACCAUCACGGAUCGUUGCACGAUUCCGUAUCCGGCGGUGGAGUCAGUGUCAGUUCGGCCCUAACCAGUCUGAUGAGUCCCGGGAUCAAUAGCGGGCUGGGACAUCUGCAUCACGGCACACCGGAUCUUAGUGCACAUCACCAUCACCAUCAGCAUCCGUCGUCGGUGUUGCAUGAACCGCUGGAGAAGCUGAAGUUGUGGGCCGAGACGGGCGAUUUUCGUGAUAAUAGUCAUAGUGCAAUGUCUGCCGUAACCAGCAUCGACCACUCGCAGAUGGGCUUCCAAUCGUCGACGACGCGAAAUCGAAGUAGUCGGGAUCGGAAGCACGACGUUACACGUGUCGAUCCGACAUCGGUGAAAACGGAAAACAUCAGCAGCGGGCUGUCCCACGAGGACAACGGCAGUGCGCCGGGAACCACGAUAUCCCAGGACGGAAGCGGAACCGGCGGCGGCGGUGGCUCCGAACAGGGCACCAAAAACGACAAGAAAAACAAACGGCAGCGACGACAGCGGACACACUUCACCUCCCAGCAACUGCACGAACUGGAGCAAACGUUCAGCCGGAAUCGAUACCCGGACAUGUCGACCCGGGAGGAGAUCGCCAUGUGGACGAAUCUAACCGAGGCCCGAGUUAGGGUGUGGUUCAAGAACCGUCGGGCAAAAUGGCGCAAACGGGAGCGAAACCAGAUGAACGCGAUUGCGGCAGCCGACUUUAAAAAUGGCUUCGGACCACAGUUUGUGCAACCAUUCGCCGACACGGACAGUUUGUAUUCGUCGUAUUCGUACAACAACUGGGCGAAGGUACCGUCGCCGCUCGGUGCCAAGACCUUCCCGUGGACGGUGAAUCCACUGGGGACAUCGAUAGUGUCAUCGAAUCACCACCAGAAUUCCAUCAAUUGUUUCAAUACAUCCUCGUCGGUGGCGGCCGGAAUGGGAGGCGGAACGAUGCUGCCGGGAAGCAUGGGAACCAGUUUGGGUGGUACGACGGGAGGUGCCGGAGUAUCUCCGACGCCUUGUCCCUAUACGAACCCGACCAAUCCGUACAGUAUGUAUCACCACCGAGCUACGGCGGAACCCUGCACGGCAAUGACCUCCAGUAUUGCAACGCUAAGAUUGAAGGCUAAACAGCACGCUUCCGGCUUCUCCAGUCCGUACUCGGCUCCGUCGCCCGUGUCCAGAUCGAAUUCUGCUGGCCUGUCGGCAUGUCAGUAUGCCAGCGUAUCGGAUACUGUCUGAGAAAACGCCCUGGGCAGCAUGCUGUCCCAUUCGUCAUCGCUCGCCAUGUACAACACCAGCAUCAACAGUGCCAUCAGCGUCGCCGUCAACAACAACAACAAUAAUAACAACGUCAACAACAACGGGACGGUUAAAAACAACGUGACGGUCACUUCGGGCCUUGACGAUGAUGAUCUGAUGGUACCGGACGACGAUGACGAUGAUCAUCAUCAUCAUCAUCGGCGGAACAAUGUGGACGAUAUUCACGAUUGAACGUGCGGGACCUUCCUGCGCCCAGGUCUGGGCUAAUCUUGAGGUUGAGUGCGACUUAUCUUAUCCUAGUCACGGGCGGUUAUUCUCGAAAAAAAAAAUCGGUGACCGGACGGUCGGUCGGUAGCCAAAACUUCAAAGUAGCUCCGUGUUUGUUUAUAUAAAUCAGCCAGCCAGCCAGCCAGCGUCAUUGUUGUGUGUUGUGAUGUGGCCGUAGUUCGGGCGGCACCGAAUCAAAGACUUUCCGUUAUCUACCCUGAACAUGGAAAAGGAUUAGACAAGCCUUAGUAGGCGCUUUGCUACUAUCGAUCGCUGUCGGUGGUGGGUAGAAGGCGGCGGGUUUAGGAAGAACGCUACCGAGGGACAGAAGAGCUGAUUGAGAAAUUGAAUGAAUCCCCGUUUUGGGUGAAAGAGAAAAAAGAAAUAAACGUGUCCGAGUAAAGGUUAAUUGCGGCGAUAAAUCAGAUGUAUUGUGUUCAGGGAGCAGUAUUUGCGAAACAUACUUUUUUGUAAAUGUGUCAUUCUCGUGUGAAUUGUGCAGAGCAGAAAUCUCAAAAAUGUUCGAAUAACAUGAAUAAUGAUCUUAAGCUCGAGAUGUCAAACUAGUUUAUGUCACCUUAAUUAAAUGACCUUUGAUGCGUCAGUAAACAAAUGAACCUCCAAGAUGCAGGAAUUCCAUUUUUAUGCUAAACAAGACACGAGACUUUUAGAAAACAAAUCAAACUAAAAUUGUUGAACACGUGAAAAAACAAUCGCAUUUUGAUCUGAAACAGGCGACACACAUCAUCACUUCACAGUUUAGUGAAGGACAGAAAUCGAAUCGUAAUUCCAAAGAGAACGAAAACAUACGCGAGCGAAAAAGUGGGAGGGUGUAUCGAGUAGCACCAACACACGCCAACCGACGCGAAUGUGAGUGUACCUAAAUAAUUGUCAAAAAAAUGACACCCAUAUUUUUUCCGCGUUCAAAGGAAAAUUCGACAGCGCAAAAAAAAUCCAAGCAAACACUGCCGCCACAUCCCAAACACACAACAGUUGAUUAGUCGCUCGAGAUCAAAGCGAACAAAUUUCGCUUUAUCAAGUUAGCCGCGAAAAUAAUGUGACGUGUGAGGAGAGAUAAGCUGCCGUACCGAGCGCGGUGGAAGUAUAAAUGUCAAAUUCAAUCAAGUUUAUCGGGCAUGUGCAGACCAGCAGCAGCAGCAACGUCCAAACAGAACCGCUCGAAGGAAAUCAGUUCGGUUUCCGGCGUGCGAAGGUAACGCAAAUUGAAUCGGUGGAAAAUCGUGCAACGGAGUUGGCGGAAGGGGCGACAGAUUAUAAUAAUUAUAGUAGAACCUCCGCACACGAGGCUGUGUAAAUAUUUUUAUCGUGCGACCUUUUGUUUAAUUUCUGAAAUUAAAUUAAGUCUCCUCCUACAAAGCAAAGAUGAGAAAGCUUGUCGAGUAAGGACAAAAUAGGUCAAAUUUAAGCUAUUUUUCUGAUGAGAUCCUAACCUAUAUUGGAAGACAAAUAAACGCGCUAGUGAGUAAAUGUAGUCUUUGUGAGCUAAAAUUUUAUCUGUUAGUUUCAAAGUCACCUAGAAUGUGCAAUCGAACGGACUCAUUUCAAGUCACCUUUCCUUUCCUUCGACUUAUUUAUUAUCUAGAGAACACCAUCAGGUUGAACUAAUUGCUGUUGAAUCAGGAUCUAAGAUGUACAGUUAAAUUAAAAAUAUCAAAUUUAUGUAAAGUUAAGCUAACAAUACCAAAUGAAAAAAAAAUGAAUAAACAAAUCAGUAUCGAAGAGCUGUUGCCCCAGUUUAUUGCAAAGUCAGACGAACUAUCGAUUAUUUUCCCGAUUGUAGAUAGAUUCAAGUUCCGAACGAAGACUUCGCUGCAGAAAGUAAUCUACAAAAAAAACCAACUUUGAAACUCCUCUAGAUCAAAACGAUUUAAUACCAAAACGAAUAUGUCAGCGCUAUUACUUGAUAAUAAAGUUUUUAACUACCGUACACACACACACAUUUCAGUAUCGCAAGAUGCAUUAUACUUAAAUUUUGUCUAGUCAAUGAAAGAGAAACAAAAUAAAAUCCUACAACACAAAACAAAAACCAACCAGUUGAAAGUGUACCGAUCGGGGGCUGGCUAUAGUGUGUAGAGCUUCGAAAAGUACUAAGUAGUGUAAAUUAAAGAUAAUGCCAACGAUGAUCGAUUUAGUAACCAGAAAUACCAAAAGUAAAUAACAAACUAAAACAAACAAAAAAAAGAAACCACAAGGUGUGUAGCGAACAGCCGGUACACAUUUAUUCGUUAGAAUGAUGAAAUAUUGAUUAUCAAGAGCCAAAUUGAAAUAGUACAUAGUUAAUAUCUUGAUGAUUCGCAUAAGAUAUGUAUAUCGUGAAAACAAUAAGUCUUGGUAAAAUACAUAUACCAUUAAAAAUGAA